GCCCGUUGCAGCUCCUGCCGUCCACCGUGUGGCCCUGUGACUCCACAGGGUGAGGAGGUGCUGACAACCUUAAAACGCGGACUAAGGUUUGCCUUUCCAGCUCAGGUUAAAACCAUGGCUAAUGAACCCGUCAUCCUUAACGUGUAUGAUAUGUAUUGGAUAAACGAAUACACGUCCAAUCUGGGCAUUGGUGUCUUCCACUCAGGCAUUGAGAUUUAUGGGAGAGAAUUUGCAUACGGAGGCCAUCCAUACCCUUUCAGUGGCAUCUUUGAAAUCAACCCCGGCAAUGCUGCCGAACUGGGAGAGACAUUCAAAUUCAAGGAGGCCAUUGUUUUGGGCACCACUGACUUCACAGAGGAGGACAUAGAUAAAAUCAUGGAGGAGCUCGGUAAAGAGUUCAAAGGGAACGCCUACCAUCUAAUGCACAAAAACUGCAACCACUUCUCCUCCUCGCUGUCUGAGUUGCUGUGUGGACGGGAAAUCCCCCGCUGGGUCAACAGACUGGCGUACUUCAGCUCCUGCAUCCCUUUCCUGCAGAGCUGCCUACCCAAGGAGUGGUUAACCCCGGCUGCCCUGCAGAGCCACAUCAGCCUCGGCCUUCACAAAGAGGAGCAUAACGAGUCGAGCGAUGAGGACCCUUCGUCGCCGUCUGGAGCCACGGCCGCUGGCUCGGGCUCCUCCCACAGCUGUCGUCACACCAGGGUGUGACGUGACCUCUGGACCUUCUCACCACUGCUUCUGAUGGCAUUAGUAGGCUUGAACAACCACCUGACCUCAUACUGUUUGUCCUCUGCGUAAAAGAGGCAGGAAAAGAAGAGUUUCCUUUUUGAAAAGAGAGCUGCUGCCAGACACUUCAGGCCUACAGACUUACAGAGAAGCCGUUUGUCCUUUCAACAGACGACAGCAUGACGAGGGCGUGCUUUUCCCUGAGCCCUGAAGUGCGUCUCUGAUUUUGACAGUGACUACUUGUAGAUCUGAAGUUUGUAGUAUGUUAUUAUUAGUCUUUUCCACAAACUUUGAAAUCUUUGUCAGCCUUGUUCCCUGCCCUGCCUUCAGAGCUGCUUUUGUAGAAUGACCACAUAGACACUGGAUGGUGACGUCAGCAAGAAUCUGCUCGACUCCAACAAGUUCUCGUUCGAUAACCUCUAUGUGGCCUUUGCCUGAUGUUGUUGAUUCGGCUUUCUUUGUUUGGAACUUUUCUUUGGCCAUUUUAGAGGGUUAACGGGUAAAAAAAAAGAAAAAGAUUUGAUUGUUCCCUGAGUUUAAUCUGAGUGAGUAAAAGUCCUGCAUGUGGAAAGAAAUUAACAAAAGAUCCCACUUAACUUACUUCAGAUAGAAGCUCCUUCUUCUAUUUUUUAAAGUGAUUACCUUCGUUCAAGCUUGUUUUAAAGAUAGACGGUUUGAAACAAUCAAGGGCAAACAGUGCUGCUGUGCACACAGCCUCGGGCAGCCCAGUCACGAUCUGUGAACAUCUCAGAGACACAAACACAAAGAAAGUCAAGCUGCUACUCUGACAAAUAUUGACUUUGUGACCCAGAACACAUUUUGUCUAUACUUUUAUAUCCAAGUGAUCUUUAUAUUAUAAAGGUGCGUUAACUUACAGAAAGGGAAAAUACACAUUUACAGACAGAUUUCCCCUGGAUGACAUCUUUUUCACCUUUGAGACCGAGCUGCCAUGAGAAAGAACGACAGACAUUCAGUGUUUUCCUCUAAAUUGCAGAAGUCUUUAAAGAUAAUGUUCGUUUUAAAUAUCCCCGUUGGCUCUCUUGCCUAGAUUUAAAAGACAACAUAAAGUCCAUGUUAUGCCUGUACAGUUAAUAUCGAGUUACAGUCAGCAGGUAAACAUCGCUAAAGCUCACAGUUAUAUUGUGUUUGUUUAAUCAGACCAAGGCGUAGGACUGGGAAAAAAAAGACCUGUGGGUGUUUUUCUUGACUGGGA